AUGUUUUAUGAAUACCGCUCCAGAUUCCUGGUGAACGGUCGUGACCGGAAGCACCUUGUGGAUGGCAACCCGGGCGCAUUGGGGUUGACCGUGAAGCCGAACGCCACUUACACGCCGUACGAGACGUUCAACGUCAACAACGGACAGAGAUAUCGUUUCCGGGCGAUCGGUGCAGCCACGCGGUGUUACUUCCGGGUGAGCAUCCAGGAUCACGUGAUCACUGUUGUGACGUCAGACGGCAAUCCAGUCACGCCCUCUACCGUCGAUUCCUUCUUGAUUCAUCCAGGUGAGCGUUACGACUUUAUUCUUCACGCGGACCAGAUCUCAGGCGACUACUGGGUUCGGGUGCAAGCCUUCGGAGACUGCCGGUGGGGCGGAGGCCACGGGUCCGCUAUACUUCACUACCAGGACUGCGACCUGUGCGAGGAUGACCCGCAGACACUCCGUGAGGGGGAGGAGUUUGAUCACGAGCUUAAGGGCACGUGCUGUGAUCUUGAACACGAGACGCACGAGUAUAUCGAGCAGAAGACGUUACGUUACGACCACAGCGUUUCCUGGAAGAACGAGACGUACCAUGAUGAACACGUGGACGUGCGCUACUAUAUGAACCUGCGUUACCAGGCGAACGACAACUCUAUGUACAGCCACCCCGACUACUAUCCACAGGAGUCGAGAUACGGACUCAUCACCCCAACUAUCAGCAAUCUUACCUUGUUCCGUCCGACACUUCCUCUGGUGACGCAAUGGGAGGACGUAACGCAUAAACGUCUGUGUAACGCUUCAACCGUCGAUACAGUCAACGACUGUAACGAUGACCUGUUUUACUGCACGGACAUGCUAGACGUGGAAAUGGGACAGGUGGUAGAGUUCUUUAUGUACGACCAGUCCAACUUCCCCCACCAGAUGCAUCUCCAUGGUUACAAAUUCCGCGUCGUCGGCGACGGACAUGUAAGUCGUCUGUGGCCAGUCUCCUUCAACUCAAUAACAAUGCAAAAGGUAAUUGAACGCGACAGAAACGGGGAGUUCCCCAGGAUUCUGACCAACCCCAUGUACAAGGACACAGUCACCGUGCACUCAAAGGGCGGCUACUCCAUCAUCAGAUUCAAGGCGGAUAACCCAGGUGUGUGGUUUUUCCACUGUCACAACUAGGGUCGUAUGAUACAGGGGAUGGCGCUGCUCGUGAAAGUAGGCCGGCCUGUUCACACCAUGGAUGGUGAGAAGCAAUUCCCCCAUCCGCCGAACUAUUUUCCAGUGUGUGGCAAGACCGUUGUUCACUUGAACAAGAUCAGACAAUGCGACGUCAGUGGAGCCUCUGCCUCGGUGGUUCAAAUGUCCACCGUAAUAUUGGUUGCAGUGUACAGUCUGUUGCUGUUAUGA